AUGAUAAAAGAGAAUCGCACUGCAUUGCCUGGCUUCAUUCUCCUUGGAUACUCUGAAUUCCCCAUUCUACAGAUGCUGCUCUUUGUGGUGUUCCUUUUCAUUUACACAGGCAUCGUAUUAGGAAAUGGACUUAUCAUUUACGUUACAGUGACUGAUGCUGCUCUAGAUAGCCCAAUGUAUUUCUUUUUGAGGAACCUGUCAUUUCUGGAGAUCUGCUACACCUCAGUAACCAUCCCAAAGAUGCUGGUUAAUUUUCUGUCAGAAAACAAGAACAUCUCCUUCGUUGGCUGUGCUAUCCAAAUGUAUUUCCUGUUUGUACUGGCAAGCACAGAGUGCUUUUUUUUGGCCGCAAUGGCCUACGACCGCUAUGUGGCCAUAUGUAACCCCUUGCAUUAUAAACUCAUCAUGAGCAAGGAACUCUGCUUAAGACUUGUUACUGGGUCAUUGACUGUCAACAUACCUGUACAUGUGGUGCAGGUAUACCUACUGUUUACCUUGCCUUUUUGUGGCUCUCAUGAAAUUAACAACUUCUUCUGUGAUCUCCCUCCAGUGCUAGAGUUGGUCUGUGCUGAUAUUUUUUUGAAUGAACUUUACAUGUUUGCAGCUACCACAGUUAUCCUAAUCAUCCCUUUUUUCCUUAUCAUUGCUUCAUAUGUGAAGAUCAUCUCAGCCAUUCUGAAGAUGUCUUCAAUAGAAAGUCAAAAGAAAGUGUUUGCUACUUGCUCUUCACACCUCAUUAUGGUAUCUUUCUUCUAUGGUUCAGCAACGAUCGUCUAUCUGAGUCCCAGGUCGAAAAAGACAAUGGAUAUCAACAAAUUGCUUUCUUUGUUCUACACAAUUUUAAUCCCUAUGCUUAACCCCAUUGUAUAUAGCUUGAGAAACAGAGAGGUAAAAGUUUCCCUGAAGAAACUUUUUAGAAGA